ACCAUCAAACGGAAGAGAUCAGAACGGAACAGAACCAAACCGAAAAGAAGAGAAAGAUGGCGAUAGAAAAAAUGGCCAAGGCAAAGGUGUUACCACAAUAUAUAGCCGGUUUGUCGGCGGCAUUCGGAGCCUUUUGCAUGGGUGCCAGCAUGGGUUGGUCAGCUCCUGUCGAGAAAAUGCUGACGACGGAGGAAGCCUACGGGUUUCCAGUGUCAGCGGACCAGUUUGGAUGGGUCUCCUCCCUGCUGACAUUGGGCGCCACCUGUGUGUGUAUUCCGGCGGGAUUUGUCAUCGAUUGGAUCGGACGCAGGCCGACAAUGUUGGCGUUAAUACCACCCUAUAUGGUCGGCUGGCUGCUCAUGAUCUUCGCCAGCAAUGUGACCAUGCUGUACUUUGGACGCUUUAUCCUGGGAGUCUGCGGUGGCGCCUUCUGUGUGACGGCCUCCAUGUACUCCACGGAGAUCUCGACAAUUGACACACGUGGCAAACUGGGCAGCUUCUUCCAGCUGAACACCGUGUCGGGAUUGCUAUAUGGUUAUAUCGUUGGCGGCUAUUUAACCCUACUGUACAUCAAUAUAUUGUGCGCCAUUCUGCCGCUAAUCUUUGCCGUGGUGCACUUCUUCAUGCCCGAAUCCCCCAUUUAUUUGGCCAUGAAGAACCGUCCCGACGAUGCAGUCCGAUCCUUGAAGUGGCUGCGUGGCAAGGAUUGCGAUGUCAGCGAUGAGCUCAAGGAAAUUAUGGAGGAGACCAACAAGAACGUGGAUGAGCCCAAGGUCAAUGUUUUUGCGGCACUGCGUCGUCCCAUAACACUCAAGGGCAUCGCCAUUUCGGUGAUCCUUCAGGCUUUGCAGCAGUGGACGGGUAUUAACGCCAUCAUGUUCUACUCCACGUCCAUUUUCGAGGAUGUUGGCGCUGGUCUCAGCGGACGUGUCUGCACGAUUCUCAUUGGCGCCACCCAGGUGGUGAUGACCCUGGUGGCCACGAUGAUCAUCGACAAGGCUGGACGUCGCAUUCUCCUGCUCAUCUCCUCCAUCUUCAUGGCCAUUACCACCUGCCUAAUGGGCGUCUACUUUCAAAUGAAGGAGAGCGAUCCGGAUUCGGUGACAUCCAUAGGCUGGUUGCCCAUCACCAGCAUCCUGCUCUUUAUCGUAUUCUUCUCCAUUGGCUUUGGACCCGUGCCUUGGAUUAUCAUGGCCGAGUUGUUCACCGAAGAUGUCAAAAGUGUCGCCGGUUCCAUUGCCGGCACCAGCAACUGGUUCUCCGCCUUUCUGGUCACCAAAUUGUUUCCCAUAUUGAAGAAUAGCAUUGGAUCGGCGCCAACAUUCUGGAUCUUCACUGUCAUCGCUGUCAUCGCCUUUGUCUACUCAUUGCUUUGUGUGCCCGAAACGAAGGGAAAAUCUCUGCUCGAGAUUCAGCACAUCCUGGCUGGAGGCAAGAAAUCUACUACCCCAGAAGAGGAAGACCAUCAUUAGAAUUGGUCAUCUUAUGUGUACAUACGUCUAAGUAUACUGUGUAGUAAUAGUCCCUAUCGAUAAGAAUAAAGUUUAUUUGAUUUCGA